AUGCUGAAUGGAACAAUGUACAAGGACUACAUUCCAUAUUCACAUGUAGCAACUACAGCGAACAGCCAAGUGUUUCUUGCUACUAAGGUCAAUGACUCCUCAUUUAAAACUUACAUAAUGAAAAUAGUUCAGAGAACCCACAGAAAUCCAAAGGCUAUCAGUAACUUAGAAGGAGAGAUCAGAAUUAUGCAGAAAAUUGAUCAUCCAAGUAUUAUCAAACUCCUAGAUGUAAUUUAUGAUCAGGAUGAAGUUACAUUAGUUAUUGAAUAUGGUGAAAAUGGAGAUCUUGUUAAGUAUCUCAAUGAGAAGGGUGUAAUCGAUCUCAAUACUACUCUCAGCAUUAUGCGAGAUAUCUUUGACGCAAUUGCAUACCUUCAUGCAAGAAACAUCGCUCACAGGGACAUCAAGCUGGAAAAUAUUGUGAUUACAGCUGAAGGUAAACCAAAACUUAUUGAUUUGGGACUUUCCAAAGAAUAUAUCAAUAAUGAAAAUCCAAAUAAUGAACCUCUCCAAGAACGAUCAGGCAAAAUACUCAAAACUACAUUCUGUGGCACAUAUGAAUACAUGGCCCCCGAAUUAUUUGAAAAGCAUGUUUUCUAUGAUCCAUUUGCAGCUGAUGUUUGGGCAGCUGGAAUGUGCCUAUAUGUUCUUUAUAAUGGUUUCUUCCCUUGGGUUGACUCAGAGUUCGGUGCACUUGAUCAAAUCAGAAGAACCAAGAUUUCAAUUCCGAAGACAUGGCCGGCAAUAAUUAGAAGAGUCGUUUCCAUGUCAUUAGAAAUUGACCCAUGCAAAAGAGCAAAAGCCAAAGAUAUUCUAAAUGAAAUGGAUAACUUCAUGAACAACAAAGAAAUUCCAAUGCCGAAGUUAUUCAGCAAUGAAGUUUGCAAAUCAUCACCUGCAGUUCUUCAGCAGAAAUCCAAAGCUUCCCCAAUUAGAAAGAGAAAGAUCAUUGUACCAAACAUUCUCAAAAUGAUGCCACCUAAGUACUCUGAUUCAAAGGGCAAUGAUUCUAUUCUUUGUAUAAUGAAAUAA